GUCACAGACUUACGUGCCUCUGCUACAGCUCAGCAGGAGAGACCCUAAUCAAUCAGCCAGUCAUCGGUGUGCAUCCAUGUUGCAGGUCCUCGGCCGCCGAGAGCAGAAAGCCUGCGGUGGACACACGGGCUCUCCCCGGAGCGUCACCGCCGCCUGCGUCCAUUCCUGAGCUGCGUCGUCCCUGGUGUCCGUAUUUCUUCGGUUUUUCUGAGUCCCCUCCUCCUGAGAACCGGGGGAUGGGGGAAUGAAUGAUCACCGACCACCUCCGCCUCCGCCGCAUCCUCUUCCUGCUCCUCCUACAGUCGGUCUCCGUGUCCCCUGUCAGUCGUCGGAGCUGUGUCCAGGAUGCGGGCCCCGCUGCUCGGCCAGGCUGCGGUGUUAGCGGCCCUGUUGGCGCUGAGCACCUGCUUGACAGGAUCUCAUCUGUGCCCUCGGAGUUUAGACUGUGCCCGGGCAGGACGACACUUCUGCCAGCCGGGAAGCUCACACUGCGGCCCCUGCCUGCACCCUCUGGUGGAGAACUCCCACGGCCACUGUGUGGUCAAGAGGAGGCAAGCUCCUCAAUCUGCUCAGGCCAGUAAAGGUAAAAUGAGCACUUACCCUGAGCUUGACCAGCAGAUCGACUUCCUCGCUGCCAUUAUCAGUGAACAGAGAACUGAGUCCAGGCUGUCAGCUCCAUCCUCGCAUGAUUUACCUAAACCUCAGUCCCAGCAGCUCAGUGUGGCCAGCCCCACUGACAGAGCAUCCACCACGGAGCAGACUACGAGCCACAGUGUCUUGCCCACCAGCGUGGCCACAACCACCGCCUCCACCAGAAACAACACCCCCGCUCUGCUCAGCGAUCCCAUCAUCCUCCCCUACCCAUCUAACGACCGCGUCUUCAUCAUCAUGAGCAGCGUCUUCAUCGUAGCCGGAUCGCUAGCCUUGAUCGUAGCAGGAGCCUGUUGGGUCAGGUUGCAGAAAGGUGUCCAUAUGACUCAGAAGGUGGACUACCCUGUAUAUGGACUGAUGAGAGCCCAAACUUUUGACAAUUUGCCUGGGGACAAGAAGUUGGCCCACAGUGCUCAAAUGUACCACUACCAGCACCAGAAACAGCAGAUGCUUUCCCUGGAGAAACACAGAGACGAGCCCAAAGUUCCUGACUCAGGAGCCUCAACAGAUGAGGAGAACGAAGAUGGAGACUUCACAGUGUAUGAGUGUCCUGGACUGGCACCUACUGGGGAAAUGGAAGUGAAGAACCCGCUGUUCGAUGACUCCACGCUUUACUUUCAGAAGUUCCACAAGUAAACCUGGACGUUUCACCCGUCGAAUGCAGCACUUGUGUGUACAAGUAGUUAAAUUUACACACAUACACACACCCCACAUACACUCCUGCGCUGUCCAACCCUUUUAAUGGACAGGAUGAAGAAUGUACGGAGGACCAAGAAGAUGAGGAGUGGGGCAUCAUGGACAUUUAGAGGACCUCACACGGCUGGUUUCUUGGUAGGAGCAGGACUAAAUCUGGGGCCAAGUUCUCUCACUCUGCAGCCACAUCCUCUUCUUUUUUUUUUUUUAUCUCAUCACUUUUUGUGCUAUUUUUGUCUACAAAAUUACAAUCAAGCCAAUUACAAGCCAUCUCUAAGGAUUCUGAAUGACUUCUGUCAGGUAGCAGACAUGCAUAUUGAAUAUUAUAUCCUGUGUUCACAGAGCCAUCCCAGUCUAGUACGAGGACAGUUCUCUAAAGCCACUGAGCUAUGACUCAGUAAUUCUAUCACUUUAUUGAACGAUUUUCAUGAAUAUCCAUGAUUAUUUAUCAGCAGAUAAGUUCUCACUGCAGCUUUAACUUUCAUUCAAGUAUUUUUAAAGGAAUGUGAUUUUAUUAUUAUUAUUAUUAUUAUUAUUAUUAUUAUUAUUAUUAUUAUUAUUAUUAUUAUUAUUAUUAUUGAUAAUAAUAAUAUCUCUUUCACCUCCAUGCAGCACCAUGAGCUUUAUCAGUAUGUUAUGUAGCCAUCGUAUUCUCAGUCUAGUUCCUCUAUGCAUGAAAUGAUGAUGGUGUGUUAUGAAACAUGACGAUCAAUAUGCAUUUACAGUUCUUACAGCUUUCUUGUGAAAACUUGCUACUGAUAAUUAUGUAUCAUAUAGUGAGUGAGUGAGAGAGAGAUGCAUAAUUAUAUUCCACAAUUUGAAACUUAUAUUUACCUAGAACUCUGAACCAGAGUGAGUCCAUCCUGUAUAUAUGGACUAACAUGGCUUGUCUCCAUGAUUUUGUGACGUGUAAAUAGCUGCUAUCAUGUACAGGAAAGAGAUCUUACCUCUCACUCAAUGUGUGUGUUAACAUGUUCCUCUAGAUUCCUGAAUGCUGUGUCAAAUAUUGAACUGUUGUUUGGCCUAUCGUGAACUAUAUUUGCAGAGCUCCUACACACGCGGAAAGACAGACAUUUUGUCAAAAAGCUUUUGAAAACAAUAUGACCUGUUAUAUUUGGUAUGGUGCAUCAUAGCAUUUAACUGAAAUGUAAUAGUUUUGUAGAUAAAGUGAAAAGCAGAGAGUAUCCACAA